GUGAAGGCUGUCGACUAUCUGGCAACCCUGAUCUGGCAUUCAAGAAACCCGAUCAAUCCAUGUGCCGAAGACAGGUAUAAAAAUAUAGAAGACGAUUACAAAUAGCAGCUGAGGCUGAAGUGUUUUGCAUCACAAAACUCUCAAACAUUGAAAGUGUUAAUGAGAAAACAUGGAUUACAACCAAGGAAUAUCUGAUGAUACAAACUUCAAAGAAAUACUAUCAUCCAUGUCAAGGUGGUAUGAUCGCCAUGGAUACAUCAACAAGUUGAAAGUUUUGUACAGAGAUCUUGUAUCAGAACUUGAUAAGCUGUAUGCUGCCACUAAGGUGAUUCAGUUGUUUGAGUUAUUAAUUACCUCGGGACAUCUAAGUUCCAAUAAUCUAACUGUCCUAUACGAUACUAUCAAUAUAACUCAUCCAUUUGGUUUGGAACCAGAAUUCUGGAAGUUGUCGUCAACAUGCUUUGAUAUUAGGACAGCCAAAAUCUCCAAUAUUACUCGUAACAGACAAAUUCUGAUCCAAGUGAUUGAAAGUCUCGUUGAAAAUGAUCUGGAGUAUAUUUCACAAAGAUACAAUUGUCCACAAAAGGAAGACAUUUGGAAAUUCUUUGUGGACUUGGAACAAAAAAAGGUGUUUUGUGAAGAAAAUUUGGAUGACUUCAUGAAAAAUAUAACCACAUACAAUAUAUUAGUUUCACGUAAAGAUCCUCUAGGAUUGAGAGGCACUGGUGAUGCUGCUACAAAAGAUGAUAGCUCAAAAACCUCUGCAGAGAACCAAGAGAAGCCUAUGGUGACUGAUGACACAGAUGCUGCAAGAAAUGCUUGUACAAGUACAUCCACAGAGAGCCAAAAGAAGCUUUUGGUGACUGACGACACAAAUGCUCCAAGAAAUCUUCGUACAAGUGCAUCUACAGUGCAUGUUUCAGAGAGCCAAGAGAAUCGUAUGGUGUCUGAUGACACAGAUGCUACAACAAAUGCUUGUACAAGUGCAUCUACAGCAGGAGCUUGCAUAGUGAAUAAAAUAAUUAGUCAAGACAAUAAAGGUUCAAUAAUAGGAAGUCAGAUCAUAGGUUGUAAUGUUGAAACACUUGUUGUUAACAACACAAUUACAGUGAAUCAAGAACCGAAGGACAAAGAUUUAUCAGCAUCUAGAAACAAUGAAGUGGUCAUCAGAAAUUAUUUGGAUCAGUGGCAGAGAAAAGUAUAUAAGUAUUUGAACAAAAUGACACCUCCAACCUGGAAUCAAGAGUCUGAAAUUGAUCUUGCAGAAGUAUUCACAGAUCUCGAGCUACUCCAAAAAAAAGGACAUAAUACCAGUAAAGAUACAACUCUACAGGAGCUAAUUAGUUUGAUACAGUCUCAGAGAUCAUGUAAAGUUUUUGUAGAAGGUAAAGGCGGGAUGGGAAAGUCAACUCUCUUAAAACAUCUUGCGUAUCAUUGGGCUAAUAAGAUUGAUGAUCCUUUCCCAGAAAAAAUUGUAUUUCUUGUCAAUCUCAGAGAUUUAAAAAAAGAUGAAGAUGUUGUUGAUGUGAUUAUUAGACAAAUUAACAAGAAAGAUUUUAAUAGAAAAACAAAGUUAGAUACAGGUUUGAUUGAAGAUUUUUUAAUGGAACAUGAUGAUGAGAUUGUAUUGUUACUGGAUGGGUAUGAUGAAUUGGAAAAAAGCGCUCAAGACCCAGUUAGUUUAUUUGAAAGAAAGGAAUUGGAGAACAGCCAAGUUAUACUAACAUCACGUCCUGAGAAUGUAGAUAUGAUUGUUAAGAAAUGUGAUGUCCAUGUCAAAGUGGAUGGAUUCAGCUCAGGUAAAAUCAAGUUUUAUAUCAGAAAGCACUUUAAAUACAUUAAAAUGCCAGAAUUAGGAGAGUCCUUAAUUACAGAAUUGCAUCUUGACCUGAAAAAUAAAAAAAAUUGGGGAGGCAGACAUCGUGAAGCAUUUGAGAUGUGCCGAUCACCAAUGCUGUUGCUAAAGAUCUGUACAGUAUGGAAGGAAAAUCAGCGUAUUCCAAUGGAUAAGCCAACACUAUUUAAAGAAAUUUUCCGAUGCAUUUUGAAUCAGUGUGUGAACCGCAGUGGCACUGACAAACCAAUCAGUAAAUUUGAGGAGGCUUCUAAAAAAUAUGUUAAAGCUCUGGAAAUUUUAGGUAAAUGCAUGUUUAAAUCCUUACAAAAUAAUAGGUUGUCUAUAAAUAAAAAUGAUUUGGAAGGUGAUGAGGAAACCAUAGAUCUUGCAAUAAAACUUGGAUUUGUAUACAAAGAACAACCUAUUGUGGAAGAUGACUUUAGUGAGAUUUUUAACACCCCUCACAAAUUGAUUUUAGAGUCAUUAGUAGGGUUCUACAUAUGCAGACAAACUCGAUCUUUCUCGAUUGAUGAAGGAGAUACAAUUAGGUCAAAUCCAUAUCUGCACAUGUCACAAGUGUUUGCAAUAGGAUUCCUAGGUGCUGAUGCAGGUGAAUUCCUUAAACAUUGGAUUACAGAUAGUGCUAGUUGGUAUUGUCCUCUAGCUAGAUAUUUUAACUUUGUAAAGAAAGAACAUGAAGAGCAAGUUCUUUUGGUAUUAGAUGAAUACAUGACAAAGAGAAUCCCUGAUACUAAGCCACUUCUUGAGGAUGUAUGCACAUCUCUGAGAGGCUUUCUCCGACAUAGUGUUCAAAGUGUGGAAGUUAAAGAAGAUGAAGAUAUAUUUCUUCUUAUUAAAAAAAUACACCAGCAUGUACUCACUGAAGACAAGUUUGAAACUGCAGUGAAGAGUUGGGUCAAAUCUGUGUCCAGCAAUAUUUCAUUUUGUGAUUUUGGUAGAAAACUUGCACAUAUCUUUUUUGCUAUUGAGUUAUACCAAUAUCUCAUCAAAUGUGUUGAUAUCUAUGGCCAUCAAGAUGUUAUUCAGGGUAUUAGUGUUGAGUUUGAAAAAUUCAAUUUUAAAUACAAUAUGGAGUACAUUGGAUUUGAUUCUAUUAGCCUUAGUUCAUCAGCCCUGAUUCAUGUACUACAUUAUGCACCAAUGCUUACUAAUCUUAGUGUUGUAAAUUGUGGCAUAUCAGGUAAAGAUGUCAAUGAAGUAAUCCAUGCAAUUAUAGAAACAGGAGAUGAGUUAGCUUUAAAGAAAUUAGAUUUAAAUGAAAAUGAUCUGAGUGAUAUUGAUAUGGCCUCUAUUAUCUCUUUACUUCUAGUUGUUCCUAAGCUUCACAUUGAUAUGCAUAAGUGUUGCCUGUCGGGAAGUAAUGUGAGAGAUUUAUUGACUGAAUAUAAGCAAAAUAUGCAUAAAGAAAUUAGACUUCCCACUGUUGUAAAUAAUUCUUGUUUUACUGUUAUUAGAGGUGAAAAAUGCCUGAAAAAUUGUGAAAAUCAUCUUUCAGACAUCGAUGGUCUGUCACUUGCAUUUUUACUUCAGGAAAUUAGUUUCCCGUAUUUUCCUUUUAAGUGGAAUGUGUAUAAGUUGACAUACAAGAAUUUGCAAGACCUUGUACACAAGUGUGAUGAGCAUAACAUUCGUCCUAAUGUCGCUGUAUUGGAUAUUAGUGAUGUUGAUCUUUCCUCAAUUAGUGGAGCUGAUUUGGCCAAAUUAUUGACACUCUUUCCGAAGCUGAAAUCCUUGGUACUAACUGGGUGCAAGCUGUCAGGCAAUAUCUUGAAGGACCUUAUGAACGAACUUGAAAGGACAGAUGAUCUGUUGAAACUAAAAAUUGUAAACUUAUUUCACAAUGACUUUUCAGACAUUGAUGGCUCAUCCCUUGCUAAGCUUCUUAAGGUAAUAGAUAAUGAUCAUGACUCUUGCACAACAUGGUUAAUGUGGAUAGGUUCUAAAAAAUCAGGUGUUACAUACAGUCUUAAUGCAGGUAAUUUGUGUGCAUUUAUAUCUGAGUGUAUCAGGUCUUGUAUUUCCUUCAUUUGGACUCAUGUUUGCUUGUGGAAAAUUAAUCUCUCUUCAGUCAGGGGAUCAACAUUGUCCGGUCUUUUUAAGAUCUGUCCUAACUUGGCCACUCUCGAUAUGAGAUGUUGUGGUUUAACAGGCAAGAUAAUAAGUGAUUUCUUGAAUGCCUGCAAUAUGAAUGGCAUUGUACUGAAACGGAAUAUUAUCCAUCUCGAUGGUAAUAACCUUUCAGAUAUUGAUGGUGCGGCCCUAGCUCAAUUACUAAUGAUUAUUGAUAUCAAUGGUGAUAUUUCCAAUAAUUGGAAGAAGUUUGGUCUAACUUCCAAUCAAUUUCAUGAUCUGAUACGAGAAUGUAAGAGACUUGGUAUUGUAUUUAAGUGGACGACAGUAAGUCUGGACGGUAUCAACAUUUCUUCAGUUAGUGGAACACUCCUGGCAUAUCUGUUCAAGAUUUGUCCUAAUCUGAAGUUUUUAAGUAUGAAACACUGUAAUCUGUCUGGCACUAUGAUAAGAGACUUUCUGUUAGAAUGUGAAAAGGAAAGUGUGGUGUUGACACAAGAUAUGCUUUCUCUUGAAGGUAAUGACCUGUCAAAUAUUGACGGCAAGUCACUCGUUAAGGUGCUGCAGAUAGCAUAUUGGUUUGUUCCAUUGAUUUCUUACCAUUUGUGUGCAAAGAAUGUACAUAGUUUUAUCAAUGAAUGCUCUGGUAUUAAGAUAAGAUGGACACAUUUAAGUUUGAGUGGAAUUAACAUGUCCUCACUUAAUGGAACAGCAUUUGCCUGUCUUUUUAAAAUUUUUCCCAAACUGAUUAAUCUUGACAUGCAAGAAUGCAGUGUAUCUGGUGGAUUUGUGAAAGAUUUAUUGAACGAAUGUGAAAGGAGUGGUGUGGAGCUGAAUGGCAAUAUGCUUAACCUUAAGCAUAAUGACUUUUCAGACAUUGAUGGUGCAUCCCUCGCUAAGCUAUUGAAGAGUGAACCUAAUUGUACAUGGUCUGAUUAUAAGCUUAAUGCCGGUAACUUACAAGAUCUGAUCAAGGCAUGUGAAAAUCUUAAAAUUACUUUGAAGUUGACAUGCAUAAAUAUGUGUGGGAUUAAUAUGUCUAUGGUUAACGGGACAAUAUUAUCAUCUCUUCUUCAAAUUUGUCCAAAUUUGGAUUUACUUAACAUGGAAAUGUGCAGUCUGUCAGGUUCCAUAAUCAAAAGUUUAAUGGAUGAAUGUGAGAAAAGGGGUUUAGAACUCAAACACAUGUUUCAACUGAAAGGAAAUGACCUAUCGGUAAUUGAUAGUACAUCUCUCAUUAGGUUAAUAGAUAUUGUUUCUGUUGAUGUUUGCUUUAAUAAGUGGACUGAUUAUAAACUCUCUACAGAUAAUUUACAAGACUUUAUUCAGACUAGUCUUCGUUCAGAUAUUACAUUUGGUUGUCAUGGGAUUAAUCUCAGUGGCUUGGACCUUACUAUCUUGAAUGAAGAUCAUCUGUCCUCCCUCUUUGUUAUUUUUCCUGACUUACUUGUACUUGCUCUAAAUGAUUGCCAACUAUCAGGAUAUUUGUUGUCAAGUAUGUUGAAGGCGUGUUCAGAAAAUAAUGUUAUUUCAAAAGUAUCAGGACUUUACUUCAGCAAAAAUGACUUGAGUAAAGUUAAUAGAGCAUUAGUGACUUUAAUGAAAAAAAUAUUUCCAAAGCUCAAAUUUCUUGGGGUGAGUAAUUGCAGACUUACAAGGAAUGCUUUUAAGCAUAUUGCAGAAGUGUGUCGAAGUGUGGUUUUGCCAAUAACUUCUCUUAAUAUUAGUGGAAAUGACCUUCGUGAUCUCAGUGGAGCAGAUGUAGUGUCACUAUCAUCAAUUUCUCCAAAUCUUGAAUGCCUCAAUGUUAGUGGUUGUAACAUCUCAAUUCAGUUAUUGCAAGCUGUUGUUGAUGGAUUUUCAGGCAGAAGUACUUUGGGAUUGAGUGAACUUGAUAUCAGUAACAAUGACUUGCAUGAUAUUAGCUCAAUGCUACUAGUUUCAAUUCUAAAGAAUUCUCCCAAACUUGAAAAACUUAAAAUGAGCAAAUGUAGGUUAGUAGGUAAAACAGUCGAAGAGUUUUUAAUAAAGUUGCCAAUGAAUAAAUCUGAAUUAUGUGAACUUGACCUUAGCUGUAAUGACCUUAGAGGUUUAAAUGAAAUUUCUGAGGUUUUGUUCUUCUCAGCCUUCCCAUUUCUAAAUCGUCUAAAUUUGGUAAAUUGUCAGUU